AUGGCACCUCGUUGGACUCGCCUCAUUCGGUUCGUGGCAGAAGAAGAUGGACAUAUCCAUCUGGGGCAAGUGGACGAAGACAUCUUGGAUGUUGGCCUUGCAGCUUUCGAAGGUGUCCCAAUUUCCGCAAAGCUGAUUGCAGGGUCUUUGUACGACGGAGUUGUCUCAGAUACGACCAUGACUGUCAAACAGCUCUUACCGCCAAUCUCGAUUGACCAAGGGAAAGUCAUUCGCUGUCUCGGCCUCAACUAUCGUGACCACGCCAAAGAGGCCAAUAUGGCGAUUCCAGACGUACCGGUGCUGUUCUUCAAGCCUCCGCACGCAUUAAUGGGGCCUUGGCCCGAGAAGAUUAGGAUCCCAAAGUUUGCUCAGGACGGAUCGAGCGAUUAUGAAGCAGAACUCACCCUGAUAAUAUCCAAGACGGGCAAAAACAUCGCAGAAGAGGACGCAUUUGACCAUGUGCUCGGCUACACGUGUGGGAAUGACAUUAGUGCUCGUACGGAGCAGUUCAAAACGAGUCAGUGGUCGUUCUCCAAAGGGCUGGAUGCGUCUGCGCCAAUUGGUCCCGUCUUGGUGUCUCAAAGUGCGAUUGGCGAUCCUCACAGUCUUAGCAUCAGGGCUAUAUAUAAUGGAGCUGUUGUACAGGACUCGAAUACCAGGUAUAUGAUAUUCUCCAUUCCAAAAAUUAUUUCAUUCUUGUCGCAGGGCACGACGCUUGAGCAAGGAACAGUCAUCAUGACGGGAACUCCGCCAGGAAUUGGAUGCAUGCGGGAUCCUAAAAUCUGUCUACGUGAUGGCGACGAUAUCAGGGUCCAGAUUGGAAAUAUCGGGACGCUGAUUAAUGCGGUCUAUUAUGAAAAUCACUCUGCAACGCGUUCCGUGCCAAUUGGCUCCGACCUGGGGCAUAAAAAUUUGUUGACGUCUCGCAUAAUGAAAACUGUAGCACUUUACGCUUCUGCGCAGCGUUUUGGAGACGGGGAUCUUCUUCCUAUUGCGGGGGGCCGCGUAUUAUUAAGCCGAGCAACAUCACACAAUCGUCGGGGACCGAGGACGAUGGGCAUGUCAACUAGAACUGACGGCUCCAUGCGUCGCUCCAAUGGCGCUGUAACGGAUGUUACCACCUGUACAGCCUCUGAACAUACUCCCAAUGCAACUCGCUCAGAGUCUCUAGAGGAAAUAUCCGGCGAGGACCUUGGGCGAUUGACGCCAACUUCCAGCCAGUGGUCACGCGGUACCGCUACGGUUUCGUUGAGCCACCUAGAGUCCAUAUCGCUCUCUGAUAUGAUGCAUCCCUCUCACGAUAUACCCUCCUCCCAGCGAUCACCAGAUGAAGCAUACACCGAAGCUUCCAGAUCAUCGGCGGAAUCACAUCUAGCUAUCUGGGAGCUCCUCGAGGUUUCGCAGCAAGUAUAUGACGAACUCCUUCAAGCAUACUUUCAUAACAUGUCGACGUUUUCACUAUUUUACAAACCCGGGUUUCUCACCAAGUUAAGUGCUGUGUCAUCCAAUUCAGAGUCGGCUGCUCUAGUGUCGUCAAUGUUCAUCUUCUCUUCCCGUUUUCUUCACGACUCAAACAAGCGGGGCCCAGAGACUUUUCACACGCUGGCACGCAAGUUUAUCGCAGCUGCCUUGGAUGAGUGCUCUGAAGAUGCACCGCCUCUAUGCGUCUUGCAGGCAUUGACCCUGAGUACGUUUCAUCAACUAUCUCAGGAUGUUCGAGGCUUGGCUUGGAGAUCGCUUGGACUAUGUAUACGGGUUGCCUACGAGUUGAAUCUCCACAAAAUAGACGCUGAGAGAAUUGCCAACCAGGACGACAACCCCACAUACGACAAAGAGCAAUGGAUUCUGGACGAAGAACGCCGAAGAGCUUGGUGGGCAAUAUGGGAACUUGAUGCCUUUGCCUGCACAAUCCGACGGCUGCCGACUGGGCUUGAUUUGACGCAGACAAAGACUUUUUUGCCAGUCAGUGAUGAAGCAUGGUUCGGAGGGACCUGCCAGCCCAGCUGCUGCUUGGAUCCCGACCCAAAGGCUCGAUGGAAGAUGCUUGAAAACUGCGCAAACCAGAGUUGGAAGUCAUGGUAUAUUGUGGUCAACUCGAUGAUGCGAGAUGCUCAUCUUCUCUCGUAUUGUCGCGGAAGGUACGGCACAUCUGGAACAAUACGAGAUGAGUUGAAGACUCUUGAAGAGUCUCUCUUAUCGUUUAAAAGAGCUUUACCAAACCAACUGUCUUACUGCAAUGAAUACCUUGGCUUCCAUUCCAAGACCCCAAUAGAGACACAACCAACUCUAACAAACGACUGCGCUACGUAUAGCCUGUAUAUGAUGACGCAGUUAACAAAGUUUAUGAUUUACCAUUACCAAAUGUUCUGGGAAGGUCGAACAGCGGAAUCAAUAUCUACUGCGGGCCUUGCAGAAGAUUCGACAGACCAACAGUACCCACUACCGACAUAUACCGUCAACAUUGAAGCUUGGAGCCGAUAUCUCGAAAGCGCCGACAACAUCCUUCGCAUGAUACGAAAUAGCAGCCCUUAUCACGUUCGCUACGUGAACCCACUAUUUGCGAGUACCAUAUGGCUUGCAGCAGUCGCGCAAAUAGUA